CUCUCUCCUUUCUUCCUCCCUUCCCUCCUUCUUCUCAGCCUUUCUCUCUCCUUCCUUCCUCUUUCCUUUCCCUCUUUCUUCCCUCCCUCCACCCCUUCCCUUCUUUUUUCUCUCCUCCCUCCCUUCUUCUCUUCCUUUCACCUUCCUUCCUACCUUCUUCCCUCCUUCUCUUCCUUUCUCCUUCCCUCCUUCCCUUCCCUUCCUUUCUCUCUCCUUCCUUUCUCCUUUCCUUCCCUUUUUCUCUCCUUCCCUUAUUUCCUUCCCUUCCUUUCUCUCCCCUUCCUCCCUCCUUUUUCCCUUCCUUUCUCUCUUUUCUCCCUCCUUCCCUUCCUUUCCACUUUCUUCCUCCCUUCUUCCCUUCCUUUCUCCUUCCUCCCUCCCUCCUUCCUUCCUUCUCUUCCUUUCUCCUUCCCUUCCCUUUUUCUCUCCUUCCCUUAUUUCCUUCCUUUCCUUCCUCUCCCCUUCCUCCCUUCCUCCCUCCUUCUUCCCUUCCUUUCCCUCUCCUUCCUUCCCUUCCUUUCUCCCUCUUUCCUCCCUCCCUCCCUCCCUCCCAGGCUCCUUGUGAAGCCCCACAGGUCCUUCCAGAGGGGUCUCACCCGUCUCCCUCCAAGACGUGGCGGGGGGCGACCAGUGCUGCGCUCCAGUCCCCGCCCCUGCUUGCCGGGCUACUUAAAAGCGGGGCCGUUAUUCGAGGGAGGAGACGGCGAAGCCCCGAGACGGGCUGGGAAAAGCAGGGCAGAAAAGGCGCCCCCCGGUGGCAAGACGAGACCCGGCAGGGCGUCCCUCCUCCGUCGAGCCAUGGCCAGAGGCGGACAAGCCAAGAGCCGCAGCCUGCGGGUGGGCGGCGUGGCUUUCCUGAUCCUCUUCUCCGCCCUCGCCGUCUCGCCUUCGCCCGCCGAGAAGAGGAACGGGCCCAUCCGGCUCAGGGAGAACCUCUGGGCCACAGGGCAUUUCAUGGGGAAGAAGAGUCCCCUGAGCCCCAUCCUUCUCCGCUCAUCGUCCUUGGAAAGAGCAGAGCUCAAUCAUAGCCCCAGAGCCUUCGGUCCAUCAGUCACAAGCAUCAUAGACAGUAUGAAGGACCUAUUGACCAGAGAACUUCUCGAAAUCCUUUUGCAACAGAAGCUUCUGGAGGAGAACCAAGGCAAGCAGGAUCCCGAAGAGCAGGAAAUGCCAACGUUAAUGAAGUUGCUCUCGAAAUAUGUUUAAUGGCAAAGAACCCAGGAAGACGUGAUGGACUGUGGAAGAAAGCUAGAGGUGUUCCUGGAGACUUUUCUCAAUCAAAUGUAAAA